GAGCAUGUCUCAAUAAAAGUGGGUUGUCCUAGGAGUCUCUAUUUAAGUAUUUACAACUAACUAUUUGACAAAAGGAACGGGAAUGAAAUGUUUCCUUGAAUAUUAUUUCUAGGAUUGGAAUUAAAUUAAAAACAAAAAAGGAAUUGAAGUUUAAUAAUUUGAAAAUUUUCUGUGUGAUGAAGAAUUUAAUAUUUAAUUCUUCAAUUGUUGGAUUUGUUAAAUUUUAACACUUUGUGUUUUUUUGCUGAAUAUGAGUGGAGUUUCUGACUUUGCAAUGUUUCGAUUCAAUUUUUGGCAAAAGCCAUUUCUCUCUCACCAUGCUGCUGUUCUUGCAGCAUCACAAAUUAAUGCUAUGGAGAAUUCAACAUACCUCCCUAAUCCAUUGACUUCACCUGCUUUGAUGGUACUGGCUUCGACUGCUGAAGGUCACGAAGGGGGACGCCUUCCUGCUCCUCCUCACCCUUACCCUUCUAGUGCUGAUGGAAAAGAAAUGGUCUCGCCCUAUGGGAAUCCUCCCUUUACCAUGUAUAGGCCAGGGGACCCUUUCCCCCCUCCUAUGUAUUCUGGAGUGCCGCACUUUGUUCGACCUGACCGGAACAUGGGAAUCAUGCCGCCGGUGGCUACCAGUGCAUUUAGACCUGUUAGUACAGACUCUGAAAGUUCCUAUCACUCAGCAUUUGGACCAUCAGCGAAAAAACCUAAAUUAGAAGCAGGGCUGACGGAGGAAGAAGAUAGAGAGGAGGGUAGUCCUAGAUCUUCCAGCUCUACUCACAUCAAGGAGGAGCGGCCCAAUAGUAUCAAUUCAACUACUAAUUCCGAGGGUCUAUCGGACGGGGGCGAGUUUGACCGUAGAACACCCGAUGAGGGACGGACUCUCAGAAAGCUGAGGAAGAAAAGUGCUUUGGACGGCCAGACUCCAUGUUGUCCAAUCUGCGGACUCACUUUGAGGGGUGGAGAGGUGGAUACUCACUUUGCUUUGGAGGUUGACCGACUGGAGAAGAUUGUUAGGAGUGGCAGAAGAUCAAGGGACACAACUCCUCAGUGCAGAAAGACAUUAACCUCUCCUUUGGCCCAGAAGCAGAGGAAGGACUCCCCCUCCAUUGAGGCAGCCUCCCAGUCCCGAUAUGAUACAUACAUGCGAAUCAAGUGUAAUCGCCAGUCAAGACUUAGUGCUCGGAGCAGGAACCGCAAGAAACGUCCGGACGAGACAAUCUGUCCAGUGUGUAACGACAGGGUGGCGGGGUUGCCAGAGGAACUGAAUGCUCACGUCGAAAUUUGUCUGAAAAGAAAAACCGAGGAAGAUGAACCGGUAGAUGUGGAAGGAGAUGAGCAGUGUGAGGAAUACACAUGGGCAGGACAAACUCGAAUAAGGGCCACCACUCUGUUACAAGGAGGCCUAGGAGGUUCUGGUUUCCAGACUUACAGUAGCAGGAGACACAUUGAGGAGGACAUUGAUUUGGAUGUGGAUGGAGACGAUUCUAAACAGUACGGGGAACCUCAAUACAGUGAGGCUGACAUCAUUCCUUGCACCUCGGAGGAACCUGAUGAGGACAGAGAAAGGGCAGCCCUUCGAGGAGCCAUUCUAGGCUCAUCGUCGUCUACAGUGACUGGAAAUACCGUCUCUCACGCAGACUCGGACAGUCCGGAUGAGUUUGGAGCAGAUCACUCUACAAUGGACAGUGAUGAAACCUUUGGUGGAUCUGCAUCAGAAGUCAUAUCAGCUUUAAAGCUGAAGAUUAAGGACCAGGAAAAAACCAUGAAGAAGGAUAAAUCAAAAUGCCUCAUUUGUAUGGAACCGUACGCCAAUCCACUUACUUCCAUCCAAUGCUGGCAUGUUCAUUGUGAAGACUGUUGGCUGAAAACUCUUGGUGCAAAGAAACUGUGUCCACAGUGCAAUAUGAUAACUGCAGCCAGAGACCUACGCAGAAUUUACUUGUGAUGAAGUGACCCUCCUGAGACAGAUACAGUUCUUGAACUUGACCACCACGCUUCAGUGAUCUGUCAAUCAUUGGUCUUUAUAGCUGUGAUUUAAUUUAGUGCUUGUGAAUCUGUGUGAAAGCACUGGAUUCACACCUACAUGUUUAAUUAUGCAAAAUAUCUGUUGAAAAAUGAGCAAAGUGUACACUAUUGAUAUAUAACAUGGAAAUAUGAGGCAAUAAAAUAUCAUCCCAGAUCUGCUGAAAAUAUAAAACUCAUAAAAAUAUCAUCCCAGAUCUGCUGAAAAUGGUCAUUUUGUUGUUUCAGUUAAUUUUUUUUUGUCUUUUCAUUUGUUAUUGCUUGUACUUGUCUAUAAUAUGGACUAUUGAUAAUCAUCAUUAAAUCAAGAUGCUUUAUA